AUGUUUUUGUUUCGCAAGAACAAGAAGGACGCGGAGGAGGAAACGCCCAAGUGCGAACGGAAAUUCAAAUCGGCCCACAAACGAUGGAAGAACGACUGGUGCUGGGACGAGCCAAAAACGCGAGGAACGAAGCAGCGGAUCAACGUCCAGAACAACCAGGUCAACCCCUUUCUGGAGCAAGAGGCACGCGGUUUCGCUAUCCUCCAGCGGCGGCAUCGUUUGAUGCAAUUACUGGGAGACGAGGAGGAUCCAGCUGUCACGGAGAAGUGUCCCCCUGGUUAUAUCACCCAGACGCAGCGAGAGCUCUUCCAAAAGGCCGUCCAGGACCUCAUGGUCGACUACUGGAAGAAUGCAGCCGCAUUGCGAAAGAUGCAGGAGUCGUGGAAACGUGAAUAUGAAUUGGACAAGCUGCAGCUGCUCCGUGCACAUAAAGACCGCCAUGGCCGGCUUUAUGCCUGGGCGAUCAAGAAGAAGUCCACGGCGUCUAUGGACAUUGUACCGAGGAGUGUGCCUGUUGUAUCAGGAGUGGUCGUCGUCGACCUCCCCAUCCGCACCUUCCUCCAGCACCUGAUGAGGUAUGCUUGGAUCGUCCCGGUGCUCUUCCUAGCCUGGUUCGUCUGCAAGGCUCUUGGGAGGGUCUUCGACCAGGUUGCUGACGAGGUCGGCAGCCGGUUGAGACCCUUAGUCAGGGAUUGGCAGCCCCCGGUGUUCAAGUGGACGCCGCCUGCAGUGGUGAAGUCGCUUGGGAACUGGGUGCUGUCAAUCCUCCUAUGGCCGGGAUUCUCGUGCAGUAGGCCCACCCCCGGCGAUGAAGAAAGUCAAACCGCAGAUAGCGGUGACGGGGGCCGUGGCGAGCCUGCACCUCCCGGCCAGACAACUUCGACCCCAGGAGCCCCGCGGACGAGCCAGCCCGACACUGGAGGGGGAGUCGGCGAUCUGAAUGGAGUAGUCAACGCGGCCGGGAUCGUGGGCAGCGCUGCCGGCGACGAUCCCUCCAGUGGUCAAACUAGUGAAGAGGCCGGGACGUGA